CGCAGCCACGCCCCUCCCCGCCGCAGCCACGCCCCGCCUCCUGCAGAGCGGGUUUCCCUCAGCGCCGCCCCCGCGCGCUGGGCGCUGAGCCUCUUCCCCAAGCAUCUGGCGGUUGAAACGGACCAGGCCUUUGGCGAACAUGGCGCUUGUUCCCUGUCAGGUGCUGCGGGUGGCCAUCCUGCUGUCAUACUGUUCUAUCCUGUGCAACUACAAGGCCAUCGAAAUGCCUUCGCAUAAGACCUACGGAGGGAGCUGGAAGUUCCUGACGUUCAUUGAUCUGGUUAUCCAAGCUGUCUUUUUUGGCAUCUGUGUGCUGACCGACCUUUCCAGUCUUCUGACUAGAGGAAGUGGCAACCAAGAGCAAGAGAGGCAGCUCAAGAAGCUCAUCUCUCUUCGGGACUGGAUAUUAGCUGUAUUGGCCUUUCCUGUUGGGAUUUUUGUUGUAGCAGUUUUCUGGAUCAUCUAUGCUUAUGACAGAGAGAUGAUAUAUCCGAAGUUGCUUGAUAAUUUUAUCCCAGGGUGGCUGAAUCAUGGAAUGAUCCCUAGGAGAGCAACUGCCAGAUUAUAUAAGCAUACAACGGUGUUACCCUUUAUAUUAAUCGAGAUGAGGACAUCCCACCAUGAGUAUCCUAGCAGGAGCAGUGGACUCACAGCCAUAUGCACCUUCUCUGUUGGCUAUAUAUUAUGGGUGUGUUGGGUGCAUCAUGUAACUGGGAUGUGGGUAUACCCUUUCCUGGAGCACAUUGGUCCAGGAGCUAGAAUCAUCUUCUUUGGAUCUACCACCAUCUUAAUGAAUUUUUUGUACCUGCUGGGUGAAGUUCUGAACAGUUAUAUCUGGGAUACACAGAAAAGUGCUACCAUGAUGCCAACCUGGCUUCCCUGGGCAAAUGACCUCACCAAUGUGUCCUGGAACCCCACCUCCCCAGAGGUGGGAUUUUCCUGCUUCACUAAGGAAAGAUAAGAAACAGACUGGGGUUAUGGAUUGACCUGUCAAUGUCCAUGUCCAGCAGAGAAGCAAUAACAGAAGCCAGACCUCCCACCCUCUGCACCCCAAAAAGAUCUUUGGUCCAUACUCCCAGAGGGAUAAAGAAUAGGGACCCUUAUAAUGGAGGGGGUGGGAUAUAGAACUUUGAUAGUGGGAAUUAUAUGGAACUGUACCCCUCUUAUGCCACAAUCUUAUCUAUCAUUAUUAAAUCAUUAAUAAAAUUAAUUUUAAAAAAUUAAUUACAAAAGGAAUGGUAUUUGAAUAUAUUAUUUUUAUAGUAAAAUGCACUUUGAGUUGUGAUAGAGUUAAGUGUUAUUAGCUGUAGGGAUUAUCUUGUAUAAUUACAGGACUCCUUGUAAAGAGAUGUGAGAGAAAGAAAUAUGACCAUGUAGCAGAAAGAGGAAGGCAAAGAAGAGGUCUUGAGUGAAACAUUGCAAAUAACCUCCAGAAAGAUUGCCAUAUUGGCCCAUUGAUCAAAUUUUUAGGUAACAUAUUUUAAUGUUUUUUGUUUGUUUGUUUUUACCAGGGCCCUGCUCAGCUCUGGCUUAUGGCAGUGUGGGGGACUGAACCUGGGACUUGAGAGCCUCACACAUGAAUGUCUCUUUGCAUAAUCAUUAUGCUAUACCCCCACCCACAUAUUUUAAUUUUAAGUUACCACAUUUGUGGUAUUUUUUCUUUUUAGAAAACUCGUAGAAUUUAAUGUUUUUGCCUAUUUUAUAAACCAUCCUUAUGCUUUCAAAAAUACAUAAUAAUAGCCACAUUCUAAUAGCUGCAACUAAUAUUUGUGACUUUGUAAUAAUGGCGAUAUUCAGACUGCUGUCCCUCACUAAGCCAAACUUAUCUGCGGUUGGCAAGCUGGUCAGAGUCACUCAAAUUCAUCUGAUUUAUUGAAAUGAAAAUGCUUAGUAUCAUUUAAGAAGUCCUCAUGGAAAUAUCCAAAGACAUUUAGAAGUUGGCAUGUAAUAAAAAAUUUUGAGACAGAUGACCCUAAUUUCAAGUACAAUUAAAAAAAAUUUUGGAGCAGAGACAAAUGCCUUUGCUACAGGAAUAUUUACCAGGAAAAGUGAUAGGUUUGUGUCCAAACUUUAUAGAAAAAAAUAUAUAUAUAUAUAUGUAUAUAUAUUAGUCAAAACAUUCCAUGUAGUAAAAUUUUCUCAAGGGAAUUUUUCAAGCAUGCAAGAUGGUUUUAUAUGUAUGCACAACCAUAUUAAUAAAUUUGAAUAGUAUCAACAUAGAUGUGUGCAGGUACGACAUUUAUUUAUUUGCAAUUAGCACUGAAUGUUCUGGGCCCUCAACAUUUUAUUCUGCCUAAGCCAGACAUCUUAUUUCUUCAUCCAGUUCAGGUUUAAUAUUUAAUCUUGUGCUUGUUUGCAAGUCAAACUGUCAAAAUUUCUUCUCCCCCUUCUCUUCUCUUUGUGCCUAGAUAAAGAGAAUGAACUGAGUUUACAUAGCAAAUGAUAUCAGAUCUGCAGGUUCUGGUUCAGCUGACACUUAGACACUGAAGGGCUGGAAUCCAGAGUUGACUCUGGCUAUAAGGAGGAAUAAAAUUGUUAGGUCUUGGGGAACUCAAAACUGUAAGUAAACUCCUUACACAGUUCCUCUGUUUUCCUUAUCACCAAGGCAACAAGCAAUUAUAAAAAAUCUCUGCUUCUAGAAAUCAUCAGAUUCCUUCCAUGGUUUUUACCAAGCCUAGGGUGAGAACUCAUCUGCCCUGAGACAACCUCUUUCAACUCCAACACCACCAAAUGUUCUGUCAGCUCAUUGUACACAACUCAACUCCCCUAUUUCUUAGCAGAGAUGGCAGAACUUAGGAAACAGAAUUCAGCAGAAAAAAGAAAAACAUUGAACAAAUAGAAACUUUCUAUUCCGUGCCAUGACUUUACUAAAUUUUGCCUGAGUGCCACAGAUAACAUGCAGGUGGGCUAAAAGUAUCAUCUGGGAAGACUGUGUCAGAGCUGAGAAUAGGACCAGAAAGCUAGAUCAGGGCAGAGAGUAAGCUCCCAAAAAUGGGGAAUAUAUAUAAGUACUGUUAACUGUGAACACCACUGAUUUGACCUAUGAUCCAUGUCUAUUGAUAUUUAGCACAGAACCUUUGGCAUGAUUUCUUUGGCUUCUCAUAGUCAUUGAAGAUCUCAGAUAUAUGUCUGUAUCACAGUAACUGAAAAGGUAUAAUUGUCAACUCCUCCUUUACUGGGAAAAACUUUGAGCGGAUUCUCAUUUACUUUGAUCUUUCUAACAACUGAAUAAACAUUGCAGUUACAGCUUUCCCGCUUUCUUUUUUUUAUUAGCAAUUCAAUAUUGAUUUACAAAAUUACAUGUCAAUGUCAGGGGAGGGAAUAGACUUAAUAUCUCAAGUUCCCUAACUGCCUAGACCAUAGCUCUAAGCACAAAUAUUUGUUUUUGCCUAGCCAUUUAAUAUCUUAGAUCUCAAAUAUGAUCAAAUUCUGAUAAUGGGAUUGUAAGGGCUUGACCUGAAGAACGCCAUCUUUGCCCUCCAGUGGCCCUGCCAGUGUUAGUCACUUCCAGGAAAGUUCUUGCCCCACUAGAUGAUCCAGUACAUUUAUGAAAUGCUCUUAAGAAAGAGGGAGUAGCAGGUGUGGAUUUCUCUAAAAAAAAAAAAAGGUAUGGAGGAUCAAAAAGGGGAGUUCUAAAAUUAACUGCCUAUAUUAGCUUCUGUACCAAGUUCUGCACACAACUUACUUGCAAAAGUUGUGGGUUUUGCCUUUAUACCCACCCAGCUGUGUAACAGGGUCACUACUGCUCUCUGAACAGCAUUUUGUUGGAGAGACAGUCCCCAGCCAGGCCCAGCCAGGCCCAGUCAGGCCCAACCGGGUAGUAAAGACUCUCAUAAUUAGA